AUGAUUAAAAGUUAUAUUUCCAAAGUAUUUAAAAAAUUAAAAACAUAUUCAUCAUAUUGGAUAAUUGGAAUACUACUACUAUUUAUACCAUUACAAUUAUAUUUUGGCUCAUCUUCAUAUUUAUUUUCAUCUCCUUCAUCAUCUAUAUAUCUAAUAUCAAAUUUAAGAAAUUUAUUUAAUUUACAAACUAGUCCUAUAAUUUUCCCUAAUAAUUAUUUUAAAAAUGAUCAUCAAUUUGCAACAUUCAUUGACAAUUACAAAAAGGAUAUCAAACUUCAUGGAGAAAAAGCAAAAUAUAUUUAUGCUAAAAAUAUAAAUCCAAUGAAUAAUCAAAAACAAAUGGAAUAUAAACCAUUAGAAUAUUCAAUGUUUAAUAAUGUAAAAAACAUUGAUUUAGAUUUAACAAGAUGUGAAGAAAUUGAAACAAAUAAUCAAUUUGAAAUAUCUGAAUCAAAAGCAAUUGAGAAUGAAUUAACUUUAAUUUUAAAAAAUAUAUUAAAAGAAAUUGAAGAUCCUAAUGGAGAUCAAUAUCUAAAGGAUCUAAAACAAAUGAUAUUACCAGAAUUAAAAUUGCAAUUAAAUUUAAAUAUUAUUGAAAAAUUUUGGUAUAAAGUUGCAAUAAGUUCAAUUUGGUUGAAAAAUUAUGGAAUAUAUUAUCUGAUUUCAAGAAUAAUGUAUAGUCCAACAGGUAUUAGAAAUAGACCAUUAUUUUCUUUAACUUAUGCUCAAAUAUUUGAUGAAAAUUGGAAUGAAUUAAAAGAUUAUAAGUUAUUUAUUCCAGUUGAAUCUAUUGAAGAUGCUUUAAAAGAAGUUGAAUCUGAUAUUUAUGAAGAUGAUGAUGUUAAUAUUAAACUUGAGAAAAGAGAAAUGGAGAAGGAGAUUGUGGAGACUGAGAAGGAGGGAGAAACAACACCACAGUCAAAAGAGGAAGUUGAAUCUGAAAAGCAUGGAGAAAAACCACCAGCUAAAGAUGAAGUUGAAGUUGAUAAAAUUAAUGAAAAUGAUCUUGAAAAACCAGAAUCAAUAAAUCCAGAUACAAAAGUGGAACCUGAAAAUCUAGAGUCUGAAAAUAGAGAUCCUAAAGCACCUGAUUCUGAAAACCAUGCUAACCUUGUUGAUACCAAUGUGCAAGUCAACGCCGAGAAACAACCUCUCAAACAAUCCAACAAACCAUCCGACAAACCACCAAGCAAACCCAUAAGCAAACCAGGUAAUCUAGUUGAUAUGAAUGUUCAAGUAUCAGCAGAUAAGUCAUCAAAACAAUCAAACACCCAAACUAAUGCCAAUGCAAAAUCAAAUAAAAACCCAAAAACUCUCAAAUAUAAAUUGAAAAAACUAAAAACUUUUCAACAUAAAAUUAUAAAAUUUCCACAUUUUGUUUCAAUACCAUUCUUCAAGGAUUUAAAUAAUCCAGAUGCAAAUUAUUAUGGACCAGAAGAUCCAAGAUUAAUUCUUGUAAAAAACAAAUUAGGAUAUGAAGAACCUAUAAUUAUAUUUAAUUCUUAUCAUUUAAAACCUGAUCUUUAUGAUGAUGAUGAUGAUACAAGAAUUAAUCAAAAAUUUGAUUAUUAUAGAUCAAUGUUUUUAGCAUGGCCAUGGCAAAUAAAACCAAAUAGUCAUAAGAAUGAGAUUAAUAUAAUUGAAUUAAAUUUACAAGAUUUUAAAAGUUUAAAAGUUCAAAAAAAUUGGACUCCUUUUAUAAGUUAUCAUGAUAGAUUUUCAAAAGACGGGGUAGAAGGUAAUGGAUUAGGUUAUGAUACUCAUUUAUAUUUUAUUUUUAGAUGGGCAAAUUUAGAAGUUUUAAAAUGUGAUUUUAAAUUUGGAAAUUGUAAAUUUGAUUAUAGAUUAGAUAAUAAAUUAUCAACAUAUAAUCAAGUUGGACCAUUAAGAGGUGGAACUCAAUUAAUUAAUAUUAAUGAAAUAUUGGAUUUACCAAUUGAAUACCCAAAGGAAAUUUGGAUAGGGGUAGCAAGAGCUCAUUUAGAUAAUUGUGGAUGUGGAGAAACUAUGUAUAGACCGAAUUUAGUUAUAAUUUCAAGGGAUUUAAAUUCCAAAAAGGAAGAAGGGAAUAAUGAAUUUCAAUUAACUCAUGUUUCUUCAGCUUUAACUUUCAAUAUGUUUGUUUUUGGUUGGGAUAUAAUGAUACCUGAAGAUAGUUGUGGGAAAUUAAAUAUCUUAAUACCUAAUGGUAUAUCAGUUUGGUCAUUUGAAACGAAAGAGGACCUACCAAAAUUAGAAGAGAUAUCAAAGAAGGAAAUAUUAAAAGAAGAAGAAGAAAUAUCAAAUAAAGAAGUAUCAAAAGAAGAGACGCCAACAUCAAAUGAAAUUGAAACACGAGUUCACAGAAUUUUGAACAAUAUAAAAGAUGAUUACUUAACAAUUACAUUAACAAUAAGUGAUUAUGAAAAUUAUAGAAUAAAUAUAAAAGGAUUAUUAAAAAACUUGAAAGACUUGAACAUUUUUGAAAUAACUGAUCAAAAGCAAAACCAUAACAAUAACAACAAUGUAGUUUGUGCAAUGGAAUCAUCAACAAAUUAUUGUGAAAAUUAUGGUAGAAAUAAUAAAUUUAAAUCUUCUAAUAAAAAAUUAAAAUUAGAUUUUGAAAAUAUGAUUUUAGAUCCUUUAAAAUUAAAAUAUUUUAAAUUAACUAAUAAAUAUGGUUUAAGAGGUGUUGAAAAUUAUAAAAAAGAAGAAGAAGAAGGGUAG